AUGGCCGCCCCCGUGAUGACUUCACAGCGGGAGACGCGCCUCUCCCCCCUCCCCCCCUGCCGGGCAGUUAGCGCCAAAUUCAAACAGGCCGCCAUUUUGAGCUGCCGAGCGUUCCAAGCGCUGGGGGAGGGCGCCGCGGCGUCUGGAGGCGAGGGAGGGCGCCGGGAGGCUGCGCGGACAAUGGCUCCUGGGACCAAAGGAGAUUCACGUGAUGCCACACUGCCCCUGUCAAAUACACCAAGUACUGAAGAUGAUGCCAUCAAGGUCUAUGUGAGAGUACGACCCCCUUCAGAGGGAGCUGCAUUAGCUGAUGGGGAUCAAGGCUUGUGCUUAUCAGUUCUUUCAUCAAACGCUCUUCGUCUACAUUCAAAGCCUGAGCCCAAGAUCUUCACUUUUGAUCAUGUUGCAAAUAUGGACACAACCCAGGAGUCAGUGUUCACAAGUGUAGCCAAAAACAUUGUUGAAUCUUGUAUGAAUGGUUACAAUGGAACCAUCUUUGCAUAUGGCCAAACUGGGUCGGGGAAAACUUUUACUAUGAUGGGGCCAUCUGACUCUGAUAAUUUCACGCAUAACCUGAGAGGAGUUAUUCCUCGGAGCUUUGAAUAUCUCUUUUUUCUAAUCGAACGUGAAAAAGAAAAGGCUGGUACUGGUAAGAGUUUUCUCUGUAAGUGCUCGUUUAUUGAAAUCUACAAUGAACAGAUAUUUGACUUGCUGGAUUCUGCUUCAGCUGGACUCUUUCUCAGAGAACAUAUCAAGAAGGGAGUCUUUGUUGUUGGUGCUGUGGAGCAGGUGUUGACCUCCGCUGCUGAAGCAUAUCAGGUGUUAACUAUGGGCUGGAGAAAUCGCCGUGUAGCAUCUACCUCAAUGAAUAGAGAAUCCUCAAGAUCGCAUGCGGUCUUCACUAUUACUGUAGAUUCAAUGGAGAAGAACAGUGAGGUUGUUAACCUCCGAUCCUCCCAGUUGAACUUGGUGGAUUUGGCAGGAUCUGAGAGACAAAAAGAUACCCAUACUGAAGGAGUGAGGUUAAAGGAGGCAGGUAACAUAAACCGGUCAUUAAGCUGCCUGGGCCAAGUGAUCACAGCGCUUGUUGAUGUGGGUAAUGGAAAACAAAGACACAUUUGCUACAGGGACUCCAAGCUCACUUUUCUGCUAAGGGAUUCUCUUGGAGGUAAUGCAAAAACGUGCAUAAUUGCAAAUGUUCAUCCUGGAUCUAGAUGUUUUGGUGAAACUCUGUCCACCCUUAAUUUUGCUCAACGAGCAAAGUUGAUUAAAAACAAGGCUGUGAUAAAUGAAGACACCCAAGGGAAUGUGAGCCAGCUCCAAGCUGAAGUGAAGAAAUUGAAAGAGCAGCUUGCUCAACUUACUUCAGGGCAGUCUACUCAAGAUAUUUCUGUUUCAAGAGCUGCUCUUGGACAAGGUCAGGAAAAUACAAAUUACGUGAACUACUUUCUUGAGGCAAUGCUGUUCGUGGAGAAAUCUGAAAGUGAAAAGAAGACUUUGUUAGAAAAAGUUGCUCAACUAGAAGAUCUUUGUGGCAAAAAGGAGAAAUUCAUUCAGUCCAAUAAAAUGAUAGUUAAAUUCCGGGAGGACCAUAUAGUUCGCCUGGAGAGAUUACACAAAGAGGCUCGUGGCAGUUUAGUGCCCAAAGAACAAGAUGAUCUCAUCAAUGAACUGAGGGAGGAAUUGCGGACAGUGAGAGAACAGAUGGAACAACACCCACGAAUUGCUAAGUAUGCCAUGGAGAAUCACAGUCUCAGAGAGGAGAACAAACGACUUCGUUCCUUACAGUCAGUGAAAAGGGCUCAAGAACUUGAUGCUCAGACCAUUGCAGAACUAGAAAAAGCUUUCGUGGAGGCUUCAGCCACAGAGAAAAAUAAUGGAGGUCAUCAGUUGUAUUGCACCACUACAUCAACAGAAAGCAAUUCACUGGUGUCUUUUGAAAGGUUGAAAGCCCGCCUGCUGCAUACUCAGAGUGAACUGGAAAGUUCAAAACAAGAAUAUGAAGAAUUUAAAGAGCUAACCAAGAAAAGGCAUCUGGAAAUGGAGUCAGAACUUCAGUCCCUUCAGAAAGCAAACCAGCAUCUUGAAAAUAUUUUGGAGGCAACCAAGGCACACAAACGUCAUGAAGUCUCUCAAUUGAAUAAAAUGCACAGAGAAACUAUUAAGAGCAUGACUACUCCGACAAAGGCUUACCAACUAAGGUCUCGUCUGGUGCCACGAAUAAGCCCUGAAAUCUUGGUCUGUGAUUCCAUGGAUAUUCAGAGUUCAGGGGAGGUGGUGGAUAAUAUUUUCAAUGAGCCAGUUCCUCCGGAGAUGAAUGAACAAGCUUAUGAGGCCAUUGCUGAGGAGCUCAGAAUGGUGCAGGAACAACUGAGCACUCUUCAGAUCAAGCUAGAUGAGGAAGAAAGUAAGAACAUUAAACUUCAGCAACAUAUUGAUAAACUGGAGCAUCAUUCUGCACAAAUGCAGGAGCUAUUCUCAUCAGAAAGAAGUGACUGGAAUAAAGAACAGCAGGAGCUCCUUGGACAGAUAACAUUUCUCAAAACACAACUUCAAGACGCUCAAAGCAAGACGGAUAUAUUAAAAAGUGAAGUCCAUGACUUGCGCGUAGUCCUGCAGUCUGCAGACAAGGAGCUGUCUGCUGUAAAGAUGGAGUAUAACACCUUCAGAGAAAAACAAGAGAAGGAAAUGAGUCAACUCUCUCUGAGACACAUGGAUGUACAACUCCAACUGGAUAACGUUAGGCUAGAACAUGAAAAGAUUCUUGAAGGAAAAACAAGUCUUCAGGAUGACUAUGACAAUUUACAGGAAGUAAUGAAGUUUGAAACUGAUCAGCUGAAGCAACAGCUUGAAGACAACAAACAAGAAAGUGAAGCACUGAAAACCGAGCUUCAUAAUCUUUUGGAACUUUUGGAAACAGAAAAAGGACGUAAUCAAAAACUAACAUUACAAUUACAAGAAGACAAAGAAAAUAAUUCAAAAGAACUCUUGAAAGUACUUGAAAAUGUACAGCUGGAAAAACAGUCCUCUGAAAUGGUGACACGAUGUGAGCAGCAGGAAGCAAAGUUGCAGAAAUUAGAACGGAAUCUGGCUGCUGCCGAAGUGGCUAUUGCUUCUCUGGAGAAGACUAACGCAGCUGACAAGGAAGUUGUAUCUGACUUGAUGAGCCAGAUCCAGGAGCUGAGGACAUCUAUUAGUCAUAAGACAGAAUCUAUUGAUGGACUGACAAGAGAGCUGGAAGACACAAAUUGGAAAUAUAAUUCUGCCUUGGCUGCAAAAGACGAAAACAAAGCCAUCAUAGAGGAUCAGGAAAGGCAGAUUGAGGAGCUGAGAGAAGCCUUGGAGAGAAAACAGGCAGCUGAUAAAGUUAAUAGCGAACUUCUGUAUGAAGACCUGAACCAUACCACUGAGCAGCUAAGCAAGUUAACAGAGGCUUCUAAAAAACAUGAAAUAUUGCUUCAGUGUGCACAAGACGACUUAGUAAAGAAAGAAGCUUUAAUUCAGGAACUUAAGGAACAGCUGGACAAAAAAACAGAAGAACUGGAAAAGAGGAAGAGUGACUAUGAACUAAAAAUGCAACAAUUAGACUGUUUUGUGGACUCUGCUGCAAUAGCACUGCCACGGAGUCCAAAAACUCCCCCUAAAUUUGGUGUAAAUCUGGCAAAAUUCCUGGAAACUCAGGAGCAGGAAAUAGCAGAUCGGAGAGCUUCUGCAAUUACUCUGGAGCAUCUUGUAUCUGAAUUAAAUAAAGAAAGAACCGCUAAAAAUGACGAAAUCCUAAGGCUAAAGGGACAGUUAUGUGAACUGGAAAACCUGCACCUGGAAAUGCAGAUAUUAACAGAGAAUAAUAGGAACCUACAGAGCCAGCUUGAAGAGUAUCAGAGAGAAAGGAAAAACCGAGGUCACAAGCACUCUGACAUUCAGCACCUAAAAGAGAGAGAGAAGGAAAUGACUGAAGAGAGACUAGCAAAGAAUAAAGCGAUGGAAGAAAUACUGAAAAUUAGAUCAGAAUUAGCAGAGACCAAAAAUGCCCUUAAGAGUACAGAGAGUGCCUAUCUUGAAAUGACCAUGGAAAUAGAACGAACAAGAGCUUUGGAGUCAAAAACUUUCCAGGAAAAAGAAGAAAUGAGAUCAAAACUGGAAGAAACCCGUGAAGAGAGAGACAAAAUUGAAAAGGAGAUGGACUUGCUAAGGAAGCAAGUAGAGUUUCUCGCUGUGGAGAACGGGAAGUUAGUAGGUCACCAAAACCUAAACCAGAAGAUUCAGUAUCUUGUGAAACUGAAGAAAGAUUAUGCCAAACUUACUGAGGAGGUUGAAAAACUGCGUGUUGAAAAUGUCUUUUUGAAGGAAAUUAAAAAAGCUGAACCAUGUCAAGAAUCUUGAUCAGCCACAACAACAAAUAAACUUGCAAAACUGAUCAUUUAAAAACGUUGAUAGACUUUAAAGAGAGAGUUCUAAAAGUAAAGCUUCUCCUUCAUCACUAUUAACUAGAGCCCUUCAUCAGAUGUACUCAGGAUAAUCAGUUAUUUCAGUCUGUGUAAUGUGCCAGGUGGUGGUUUGUAGUGAAACAGUCUGCCUCAGCUCAUCUGGCAGAUUUUCUAACCCCCACUUUUUGAAGUUGUUCUACAGCUUUAUCCAUAGGUGCUGCAGGACUUUCCUUGCAACUUUGUACUUGUACAGGAAAAGUGACUAGUUUUCAUUGGAACAUUCUCUAUUUCUUGUUUCCUUUUGUACUUUAAUUCAGGUCAAUGCUUUUUUUUUUAAUGCUAGGGGUUUUUCACAUUACCUCAGUUUGUAGAAAGGUAUUUUGUACAAAUUCAACUAGUAUCUAAACUUCUGCCUGUUGUUUUUAUGGAUGUCUAAAUGUUGAUACUAGAAUGAUGAAAUUCACUUGUCAAGUUGUGAAAUGAUUCAAAUUUCUUUAUUGCUCAAAAAUACGUUUUUUAUUAAGAAGUUUUUUCAAUAAAGCAAGAAUGUCAAUUUAAUAAUGAAUUGAUUUGUAAAUAGUACUAUGAAUAUUUGGAAUCUUGUGGCAUAAUAUUUGCUUGCUUUCCCUUAUUCCACUCUUUCUGGAAUUCAAGUGCUCUCAAAACAAAUUUUUUUCACUGAAUAAGCUUCAAACAGGGACUUCUGUAGUGAUAAGAAACCAUUCUGCACUAGUAUUGUUGAGAAUAACCUCAUUGGCUAACUUGUUUGAGUACUGUAUAACUGAAAAUUCUAUCAAACAGAAGUCCAUCCCCUGUCAAUAGUUUUAAAUGUAUGCAACAUCUUGUAAGAAUACAUUAGAACCUCAUUAGUUGUCCUAAAGACUUGGCGAUGCAUUGCAAAUGACUGGAAUAUUCAAAAUAGGGGGGAAAGUAUUGAUAAUGCAUUACAAUAUUAAUUGGACAAAUGUGUUAGUUGACUUUUAUCUGUUUGAUAGUGUCAGUAAAUAUUUUGUAUUGUUUUGUAUAAAUAAUUAAGUCUUAAUGCAAUUCCUUAUUACAGCACUUCACUAUUGCUGAGAAGAAGGGAAGAGACCAUUUUUGUGUGAACUAGAGGGUAUGAAGUUUAGUGAGGUUCUACUGUAAUUAACUAGGGGCUAAAAUGACGGUGAUUUUUUGUCAGUUUAGCUAUGAAUUAAAUAUUUUAAAGUCAGAUAUUAAUAUUCUGUAUGAAAAGUAACCUAAUACUCCAGAGUAGUUUCUAUUUGAAAUUUUUCAGGAAGAGGAGAGAAAAGGGAAAUCAAAUCUUUAAGAUGGGCCUCCAGAAAACUGAGGGUGUUAACUUGCCCUAUUUAGACUAAAUCAGGAAAUUCACUUAUUUCAGAGAUGAAGUAAUUUUAGAGAGGACCUCAACUCUUGCUCCCUUCAUUCCUUGUGGACAAUGAGGUCUUUCUUUUCUGCAAUAACUCUCCACCUUGAUAGCAGUGAGGUAUAGAGGUACUUCAGAGCUUGAUAGCUUAUCUGAUAUAUUGCAAAAUUUGUAAUACUGUUAAGGAACAGCAAACAAGUUAUGGCAGCUAUGGUAAUACAAUUUGUACCAUUUUUUAUGGCGUAUGUUUAUAAUGUAUAGUAGUUCUUCUGGAAUUGUCACUUUUUAAAUAAAGAUUUUUGUAUAUAAA